AUGAUAGCGUCAACGGCAACAACAACAGAAAACAUUUCCUACGCAGCCUUAAGUACUGGCGAAGGUUCAACCACCACACCGUCUAGCACGUUUUCAACCAAUGCAGUGAGUCGUAGUCUUUCAGAUAUGCAUGUUCCUACUUGGUUUGGACUACUGAGUAUGAACAUUGUCUUUCGGACUAUGUUAUUUCAUCCACUAAAUCUUGUUAUUUCUCGUAAACGUGUAACUAAAGAAGGGCAUCCACCUUCGGUAAUGUCUUUGGCUCGUCAGGCUUACCGUGGUGAAGCAGCAACAGGAACUGGUCCCACUACGAAAGGUAUACGUGCCCUUUACAGAGGAUUUGGUGCCGCUAUUAUUGGAAAUCUAAUUGGUGAAGUGACCUAUCUCCACACAAUGGAGUCUGUGAGGGAAUAUCUGGAGAGUUCCUCCCCUAAUUCACAGAAGAAGGACUCUUCAGAGGGGCCAAACUUCAACGUAAAUAGUUUUGCUGUAUCUUCAGGAGGUGUGAUGGGAGAACUCGCCGCCGUUCUUCUUGUUACACCCAUAGUUGUUGUAUGUAAUCGACAGAUGACCUCUGGCUACGGUAUGACGGCUGGAAACACAUACCGCUCCGCGUGGGGCACCGCACGUGAAGUGUUUGGACUUUAUCAACAACCCACCGGUUCGUGGCUUCAGACCGUACGGCGUGGGUUUCGUGGGCUUUACUCUGGUCUUCUUCCCGGCAUUGCGGGGCUUCCGGCGAGUGGGAUGUGGUGGGCACUCUACAGUGAGUCCAAGUCGAUGCUUUACACUCUCACACAACCAACACUCGCACGAUGGGAACAGGCGAGAGUAAAGAAUAAUCAGGGACAACGAGAAGCUGUGUGGAAACAGAACUUCUUCCUUUCUCCCACAGACAAUCCAGCCAUUAACGCCUUGGCAGGUAUGAUAGCGAGUGGGGCGACGGCGGUGGUGUUUAACCCGGUGGAUGUUCUCCACACAAGAUUGCAGGCAUUACCACCGUCAAAAACUCCCGCGGCAGAAGCCGUACCAUUUGGGCGUAUACGGCAAAUUACGGGAGAUCUCAUUCGUACGGAAGGAUGGCGGGGUUUCUUUAAAGGAACAGUGGCGAGUACAAGUGUUGCAGUUCUUAACGGCAUCGUGUUCUCGUUGUUCUUUGAACUCACAAAACUCGGUAGCGAUCGAGAGUUCUUAAACCAGCUUUAA